AUGUCCUCCUCCAAUGCACCAGCGGUGGCACCCUCGAACCCGGCGGACACGGUCAAGGGCCACAAGCCCGCCUUCGUGCCCCUCGAGGCCAACCCGCCCCUCAUGACCAGCCUGCUGCACAACCUAGGCCUGUCCGAGGCCCUGUCCGUCCACGACGUCUACAGCAUCGACGACCCGGAGCUGCUCGCCUUCGUGCCCCGCCCGGCCCUGGCCCUGCUGCUCGUCUUCCCCGUCUCGGCGGCCUACGAGUCGCACCGCCUCGCCGAGGACAGCCUGCUGCCCGAGUACGGCGCGUCCGGCGACAAGGAGCCCGUCCUGUGGUUCCGCCAGACCAUCCGCAACGCCUGCGGCGUCAUGGGCCUGCUGCACGCCAGCCUGAACGGGCCCGCCAAGGGCUUCAUCGAACAAGGCUCCGCGCUCGACGACAUCGCCAAGCAAGCCACGCCCCUGGCUCCGGCGGAGCGCUCCAAGCUGCUCGAGACCAAUGAGUCCCUGGCCAAGGCACACCACUCGGCCGCCACGCAGGGCGACACCAAGGCGCCCGACGCUCAAGACGACGUGGACCUGCACUACGUGUGCUUUGUCAAGACCGAAGACGGCACGCUCUGGGAGCUCGACGGCCGCCGCAAGGGCCCGCUGGCCCGGGGCAAGCUGGAGAGCGACGAGGACGUGCUCAGCCAAAAGGCACUGCUUUGGGGCCCAAAGAAGUUUCUCGAGCGUGAGGGCGCCGACAUGAGAUUCAGCUGCGUCGCGCUGGCUGGCAGCCUGGAUUGA